CAGAUACCAUCCAAUCCCCCAGACCAUCCACCCCACCAGACAAAACAAUAAACAACAUGAUAUCUGCUUUUAUCUUACAUUUCCUGUGCUUUCAAAUCUUCACGGUGGCUGCCGGUACCAAUACUGUGAAUGACUUUCAAUUUCAUAUGCCGAAAGGCUCUCAGCUCCAACCUCCAGUCGGCUUGAAAUUAAAAUUUCUAGCGCUCGGAAACGGUACUCAAAAUUACAUGUGCAAGAAGGAUCCGGCCUCUGGAAAUGCUCUCACUUGGAUGCCUCACGGAGCAGAUGCUACCUUGUUUGACAUAUCCAAGGACAGCUCGAAAGCCGCCAGCCUAGCAACCGAUGUAAUGAGGGGUGGAAAGAAUCAUCAAGCUAAACCUAACUUGAAGGCAUACCCAGUCCUGGGCAAGCACUUCUUCACCCCGACUAAGCCAGACAUGACCCUUAUGCCGACUUUUGAGAUCAACCAUAUGAAAAUUAUCUUGAGGAAGGCCCGGUUUUUCCCAUCCCCACUCAAUUCGAAACGCAAUGUUGACUGGCUUCAACUCAACACCAUCCAAGGAAACUUCGCUACAAGGGUUUACAGGACUUAUACGCGUGGCGGAAAGGUUCCUGCUCCUCAGUGCAACACAGUAAACCAAAUAAUCAAGGAGCCAUACGCUGCUAUCUACUCCUUCUGGGCUUAGUUAUAUUUGAGGGUCUUCUUGAAGAUCAAUCACCCUCUCUCCUAUUUUUUU